GGAGGCUCUGGAGAUGCGUCGCCCUGACUUCAUCUCUCAGUCCAUGCAGAGGGUGCAGCGUCUGGCUCUGCAGGCGGAGGAGAGGAAGCUGCAGGCCGACUUCACAGAGAGAGGAGAGAGAGAAGAACUCUUCUGCCGCCCUGGAGGAACGGGGAGGAUACCGAAGCCUGCAGGCCCCGCUCUGCUCAGGAGAGCCGUUCCAAGGAAAGAGAUGAUUCAGAGAUCCAAACAGAUUUACGAGAGUCUGCCGGAGGUGCAGAGGAGGAGAGAGGAGGAAAGAAGAAAGGCAGAGUAUCGAUCGUACAGACUCAACGCCCAACUUUACAACAAGAGAAUCACCGGCCACGUCCUCGGCAGAAGAACGGCGUGGCAUUGAUGGAACAGAUCAGUGACCUCUUUUUAAAAUAGAUUAAAUGAACAAUGUGAAACCAGUUUAAAAUGUUUUAUAUUCAGAUCAAAACUACCUGAAAACUGCUUUUUAUUUAUUGGUGAUCAAAUUGUUUUUAGGAUAAUGUUUGAAGUAGAUCUCGACUCGUUUUCUAACACAUCACUGGAAUGUUUUUUAAUCGGUCUAAAGUUGUUUUUAUGUGAAAAUAAACCCGAUGUCUGCAGAUUCUUAAACCUUCUCUUUGCUAACUGUUUGGAUUUUGAACACAGAAGACGGACGAGGAGAAACUGGCUUAAAUGUCUUUAUUGAUCAGUUAACGUUUGUGCGAGAGCAGGAAGCCACACGAGGACGAAAGGUAAGACGAGUUAGACAAGCUGCAGACACUUAAAUAACAGAGUGAAUAAAUAAGAAUUAAGAUGCACUAUGCCCAUUAAAUACAUCAUUUAAUAAAACUUCAAGUUAAGACCGUACUGUGCAAACAUAAAUACUCUAAUGAAUCAUAAAAAAUAA